GUUAAAAUAGCAUACGCUCCCUCUCUCUCUCGCUAGCUCUUUCAGAUCAGGAAGCAGAGCAACGCGACCGGAUCCGUGAUGCAGAGCAAGAAUUCCCAGCAGUACGGCGUACCUCUCUACGGAGCCGCCUGGGCUCCCCUCGACCGCAUCCGGUCUCGCUUCCGAUCGCGCGGGCCGCCGGCGGAGCUAGAGGCGGAAGGAGGAGGAGGCGGCGGCACAGACGGCGAGCGGUCCGGCGACGGCAACGAUCGCAGCUACCUCGUCCUCGCGGGCGGCGGCGGCGAGGGCAGCAGCGGCAUCCCCAACGCCGUCCUCCUCGCCGAGUUCGACUUCGCCUCCGGUUCUCUCUCCGAGCAGCCUGUUGCUAAGCUUGGCACUGGUUCCGAUUUGCCUUACAGGAUGGCUGUUCACCCACAAGGAGAUGGUGUCGUUUGCGCGUUACCAAAAGGUUGUAGAUUGUUUGAAUGGGAGGAUCCUGAAAACGCUGAAGAUCAUAAACUGGGCCUUAAGACGUCAGAGAAAGUGCUCGGGCAGUUAGAAAAUGCUGGACAACAGUUAGCAUUAGUAUUUAGCCAUGAUGGUUCUUUGCUUGCUGCCGGUGGCGAGGAUGGCAAGCUAAUGGUCUUUAAGUGGCCCAGCAUGGACAUUAUUCUCAAUGAGGCCCAGACUCCUUCUUCUCUAAAAGACCUUGCUUUCAGCCUUGAUGGAAAGUUCCUUGCCUCCUUGAGGAAAUCUGGCCCCUGUCGGGUUUGGGAUCUAACUUCCUCAGUUGCCGUAGCUUCUCUGCCAAAAGAGAAUGAUGAAACAUUCCUGUUUUGCAGAUUUUCUCAAAGUAGUGAUGGGACGCAGGUUUUGUAUGUCACUGCAGGCACAGGUCGAGGGGCAAGCAUUUUGACAUGGAACACAUCCUCGUGGAGGAGAAUUGGCUCCAAGCAUGUAGCUCGUGAUUCAGUUAUCGCAUUUAAUGUUUCAGCAGAUGGAAAACUCCUUGCGGUCGGCACGUGCGAAGGAGACAUUGUUGUCUUAAAUUCAACUAGUAUGAAGACUCAGGCUGUUGUGAAAAGAGCACAUCUUGGUUUUGUAACGGCAUUAGCAUUCUCUCACGAUUCAAGGGCAAUUAUUUCAGUAUCCAUGGCCUCAAGUGCUACAGUGACUCAGGUUCAGGACUCGAAUACUGGCGGAGGAUCAAGAUUGUGGCUCAUUAUAUUUAUAGUUCUACUUGCAAUAGCUGCGGAAUUCAUGAGGAGACGGGGCCUUUUCCCCUAGCACGGUCACUUUUCCUAAACUAAGGCGAUAGUUGAUGCAUGAAAAUAAGGGAAGCUAAAUUUGCAAAGCGAAUUUUAGGGACAUGAAAUGACUCGUCAGUGUGAAAUAUGUUUCAUCCCAGUGAUUUAACCAAUGUGUGGCCCUUCAAAUUGGUCUAUUGUGCAGUGAAUGUAGUUGACCUCGAUUCGGUUUUUGGACAUCUAUCUAUAGGUGUGAUAAAAGCACGAGGUGGAUUUAUUUCAGCAGGUUGCGUCAUGCUACUGUUUAUAGUAUCAAAUUGACUGGUGAACAUUUUAUUUUGAUCAUCGUCGACAGAUGGAUUAUGAUUCUUUA